GCAGGAAGCCAGUCGUCACGCCACUUGCCCCAUCGUGCCGCCGCCGCAUUGCCGUUGCUCCUCGGCUCUCCGCCAUGGCUGUUGUUGCUCCGAUGGACGCCUCGUACGUGCCCAAGGUACUGCACUCGCUGACCGACGAGGACGAAGCGUGGCGCAAGUAUGCCACCAACGACGAGGCUUGCGUCCUGGUCAUCUACACCGGAGGCACCAUCGGCAUGGUCAAAGACAAGGACGGAGUUCUCAAGCCAGCGCCGGGAAUCCUGGACAAGCGGCUUCGCGAGUUUCCACAGCUUCACGAUGCGGAGUACGCCAAGGAGCACUUCGGCGACUGCGAGAAGCCUCCGCUGGUCGUGCCUGUGACCGGCGAUCCACGACGCGUGAUCUACACGAUAUCUGAGUACGAUCCCCUGCUAGACUCUUCCAAUGCCACCAUGGACGACUGGUUGCAAGUUGCUAAAGACAUCAAGAAAUACUACGACUCCUACCAAGGUUUCAUCGUGCUCCACGGCACGGACACUAUGGCCUACACAUCGUCUGCGCUCUCCUUCCUGCUGGAGAACCUCGGGAAAUCAGUCGUCGUCACUGGUUCCCAGAUACCAGUGUUUGAACCCCGCAGUGAUGGAAGAGAUAACCUUCUAAAUGCCCUCAUCAUAGCUGGAAACUACGUCGUGCCAGAAGUGACACUUAUGUUCCACCAUCAGCUCUUCCGUGGGAACCGCGUGAGCAAGUUCAGCAUUUCUCACCUUGAUGCGUUCGCGUCGUUCAACAUGGCGCCUCUCAUCACCAUUGGCAUCAACGUUGAUAUUACUUGGCGCCUGAUUCUCCCUGAUCCAAAGGGGGAGGAAUUUCGUGCCCACGACAAGCUGAACCGUGACGUUGGCCUUCUCCGUCUCUUUCCCAGCAUCACUGCCGAACUGGUCGAGGCCUUCCUGAAACCUCCCGUUGAAGGAGUCGUGCUUCAGACCUACGGAGCUGGCAACGCGCCCACGGCCCGCAAGGACAUCAUGGAAGCUCUCCGAAGCGCUACUGAACGCGGAGUCCUUGUCGUCAACUGCUCCCAGUGCCUGCACGGAGCGGUGGAUCCCGCCUACGAGACGGGAAAUGAACUGGUCCAGGUGGGAGUCAUUCCCGGUGGCGACAUGACUCCUGAGGCAGCGCUGACGAAGCUGGCUUACGUUCUCUCCAAGAGCGAGUGGACUCUGGACGAAAAGAAAAAGAAGCUACAAGAGAAUCUGCGUGGCGAGCUUACAACCGGACCAAGUGACGCGGGCUGGGCGGAUCAGUACAAGACGCUCAACCUGAUGGGACCAUGGAAGGCUCUGUUCAUUCGCUGAUGCUAGUUUCCUGUAAUAAUUCAGUAACUUUAACCGGUAUAGUGAAUUCUGUGUUCAGUUUGUCGUGCAUGUUUCCCCUCGUGCAACGUAUUGUGAAAAUAUCUCUCGAGUUUCUUCACAAUAAACAAAUGUUUUUAUGCACUUUU